AUGUCGGCGUACACCAAUAGUUGGCACCCGGGAGAAACCGCUGUUCAAUGCGCUAUGGGUUGGAACAGGCAAAUGCAAGGCGUGUACAUGCACUUCAGCUACGAAAUUCCGGAGCAGCACCAGAUCUUCUACGGGGAGCUUGCGUACAUCGCGAUCACCACCCUGGACGAGCAACGGCGGCCGUGGGGAUCCCUCCUGACAUCGCGCACUGGACGCCCUGGCUUCAUCCGUGUACCGAACGAGAGCAGGAUUAAGAUCAGCGCCGAUGUUUGGGAGGGCGACCCUAUACGGAAGACGGCUGCCGAGGGUGGACUGGCCGCAGGGUUGGGAAUCAUGUUUGCCAACCGAAGGAGAAACAAGUUUGCAGGCCGCCUUGGAGUUGUGCAGAGGGGAAAGGACCAACUGGAAUUAGCAAUCGACGUGGACGAGGCAUUAGGGAACUGCCCCAAAUACAUCAACGUUCGAGAUCUCAGACCCCAACUAUCGACAACGCCGAAGGUCGUCUACGAAGAGUGGAACAUGGCGCCUUCUAUUUCGCUUCCGGACGAUAUUGUUUCCUUCAUACGAGCGGCAGACACGGUGUUUCUCGGGACGACCUAUGUUCCUGCACCUGGGGAUGAUCUCAAAUAUCCACCCCAUGCGGGCAUGAAUCAACGAGGCGGAAGACCUGGAUUCAUACGAGUGCGUGCCGACAAACGAACGAUCGUUCUCCCGGACUACAGUGGCAACCGCUUCAUGCAGUCGCUCGGGAACAUAGACCAAACCCCGCUCGCUUCUCUCACUUUCGUCGACUUCCUCUCCGGCAACGUGUUGUAUCUGACCGGUUCGGCAAGGAAUCACUUGGGCUCCGAUGCCCGGGCUAUCAUGCUGCAGGUUCGGGCUCUCACGAUGGUCGAAGUUACGGGUUACGUGCUUGUCACGAAUGCGUUUCCGUUCCGCCAGGUACCUGGUACGGAGGCGAUUCGGAGCCCAUAUAGUCCGCCUGUUCGCUUCCUCCUGGAGGAACCGGAGGGCGCGCAGACAGUGGCCACAGAAACGACGUUGAGGCUGAAGAAGAUGCGGUUGCACACGCCCGCCGUGGCCACCUUCACUUUCGCGGCGGACCCUCCUGUAGUCAUCGUGCCGGGGCAAGCUGCGAUCAUCGAUACUUCUACACUCGGCGUCGGCAAGCACGAAUACCAACAUAUGGCUCAGAGAGGCCAGGAGACCAACCUGAACGACGAUGGCGUGCGUACGUGGACCGUUUCCUCUGCCCACAAGUUUCCUGCACCGGAGUUCUCCAUUGUCAUGCAACAGAAGCCAGGUGGAGCUGUGACGACUCGCCUUCUGAACAUCGCCAGGGCCUGCGCAGAACUGAAGCCCGAGUUAUGUGAGGACUCGACGCCUCUGUCGUUGACCCUUCCGCUCGUGGGUAUCGCUGGAGCGUUUACGCUAGCUUCAAUCAAAGCACCAUCCCGCCUGCUGUUCAUCGCUGGAGGCAUUGGAAUCACCCCAUUCCUGAGCAUGCUCGGGGCUUUGGCAGUUCGGACAUCGGAGGGUGACGAGAAUUGUGACGUCGCUCUGGUUGUCUCGACGAAGGAACCAGAGCUCAUCAUACAGCUUGUAAUGGAUGCGCUCGAUUUGGGCCGCAUGGAGAAGAUCUCUCUCGAGCUGCACAUUUUCUCUACAGGUUCGCCACAUACGCCUCCGGUGACUAUUCCCACAGGCUUCAGCAUGCACAUCCACCAAGGGCGAUUAACAGGUGAGUCCUACCCGAUACUGGACACCACCGAGCGUGACAUCUACGUAUGUGGCCCACGGUUGUUCGAGGACACAGUGAUCGGGUUUCUUACAACAACUACCGGUGUUCGCGCUACUGCUAUACACAGAGAAAAUUUUGAUUACUGA